AUGGGUCGCGAACUACAAAAGAAAAAGAAGAGAUCUUCGAUCCCGAAGAUCAAAAUGAAGCCAAAGUCGAAGCGUGUCAACCCCAUGGGCAACCCGAUCAUCGCCGCUAAUUGGAAUUCGCAAGAAACUUUGACGCAAAACUAUCGACGGCUGGGCCUGACCUCUCGGCUCAACUCUGCAACCGGCGGUAUCGAGAAGUUACGCCCUGGUGCGGAAUCUACGACCUCCACCACAAACAAACUAGCUAUCUCCAAUGCGCUUCCAAAGACGAUUACCCCUACGGAAGCCAGAGUGGAACGAGACCCUGAAACAGGCAGGAUCAUACGUGUCAUCCAUGCUCCCUCGAAGCCCAACCCUUUAAACGAUCCUCUAAAUUCAGAUUCCGAUGAUGAGGAAAUGGCCGAUGAUGGGGAAGAAUUCGAGGGCUUCAAUAGCGCACCUGCGACUGGGAAGGCACAGAACAACAUUGUGAAGCAAUUGGAAGAGAUGGCAUCAAGAGCCCAAGAGAAAAAAGAACGGAAACAGAGCGAGAGGGAGAUAGAGUGGAUCGAGCGACUGGUCACAGCGCACGGUGAGGAUUACAAGCGGAUGGUGCGAGAUAUGAAACUCAAUCCUAUGCAACAGACGGAAGCGGAUAUCAGGAGACGGGUGGGGAAGUGGAAGGCUUCCGGCGGUGAAAUCGCUGUAUAA